AUGGACUUAAAACAAAAUCAGAAAAUAUUUCAUGCAGAAUUUCUUGAUGGCAUUCGUGGUGUAGCAGCUUUAUGCGUCGUAUAUGAACAUUCACAAAGACUAUUCAAUCAGUCGUUACCAUUCACAACAUUUGACUACGUUGGUUAUCUUGGAGUAAGAUGUUUUUUUGUACUUUCGGCCUUUUUACUUACUUUUCGAUCGAUGUUGGAUUGGGAACGGUAUCAUGAAAAUAUUGAAGUCGAAAAACAUAUUGGUACAGAUGCAAGAAGUAGGUGUGCUUACGAAAGUAAAAUUGACCUAGAAAUGUAUUUAACGGACGUUCCACUUUUGUCAAAAACGACUGAGAACUCCUCAACAAAAACGAAAUAUAAUAUUUCCUACAAGUUUUUAUCCUACAUUCAAUCAAAAAUAUGGAUAAAACAUCAAAUCGCAAUAAAACUUUGGUUAAAGUUUUUUCUCCGUCGAUUUAUGCGAGUAUACCCACCUUACGCGAUACUUUUAUUUAUUAUUGCAUAUAAUGACUUUGUCAACAAAUCAUAUCAUGGACGCAUAGAUACUUCAAAUUUAAUCUCUCAUUUAUAUUUACAUAAAGCAAAUUUUAUUUUUUGGACCAUUCCUACUGAAAUGAAGAUUCUAGGCAUGCCUCGUAUGCCUCAUAUGAGAUAUGUGCUUGAAUUAGAAAAUAGUUUUGGAGGCUUUCUUUAUGCUAUAUUAAUUCUUAUUUCGUUUAGCAUAUAUUUAUUACAUCCAAUCGCACAGACAUUCGUGAACGAAUAUUUGACACAGAUUGGUAUAAGUGGCGCGGAAAAGGAGCUUGAUAAAGAGGAAAAAGCUAAUGAUAUAUUAGACGCAGUAAUAAUGUCAUAUGUUCUGACAAUCAUUCUUUCGUGGUUAUAUUACUUAUUCGUUGAAAAACCUUCUAUGAAUUUGGCUAACUAUAUAACGAAAAGAUGGCUAAAUGAAGUGAAACAGGCAAAAUCUGAUAAUAAAACUAUUAAUGUUGAAUAA